UGCGUGCGUGCCGACUACACGUGAAGCAGGCAGCAUGGCUGAAAAAACAGAAGUCGCACUAGACCGGGCUCAGGUGAAGAAGGCCGUCCAGGCUUUGCAGGCUUUCCUCAAAACCAAAGCCUCUGGCGAGUCGCUGUUCCUGGACGAGACACAGCAGGUCACCCUUCUCUUCACCCUGUGGAAGAUCCCUAAAAAGCCACAGACCAUCCGCAUUCCUUUGCCUCAUGGCCAGCGGACUGACACAGAUGAGAUUUGCCUCUUCACCAGAGAUGAGCCCAAGAUGACCUCAGAGCAGACCCAGAGGUUUUAUAAGAAGUUCCUUGAGGAGAAAGGUGUCAAAAACAUAUCUGAGAUCAUUCCAUACAAGGUGUUGAAGACAGAGUAUAAACCGUAUGAGGCUAAGCGCCGCCUGCUGGGGAACUUUGAUCUGUUUCUUUCUGAUGCCCGCAUUCGCCGCCUGCUGCCUUCCCACAUCGGAAAACAUUUCUACGAGAGAAAAAAGUAAGAGCCGUCCUGUCCGUGUUAUUACUGAUGUAAUGCUGU